AUGACUUCACCUUCUAGACGUAAACACGUACGAUUUGAUUGCUCACGUUCAUCUUCUAUUAUCACUACUACUACUUCUACUACUACUACUACUACUACUACUACUACUACUACUACUACUACUAUCACUGCUAUUACUACUACUACAGCUACUUCAUCAUCAUCACAAUCAGUAUCAUCAUUGUUACAAAAUUAUUCCG